AUGGCCCAUGAUCGACGUAUCAUAAUAUGCGGCUUCGAGAUCAAGGCAUUCUCGACAUGGGGCGGACAAGAAAAGCAGGAACAAAGUGCUUGUCUCUUGCCGUGGUCAUGUCCUGCAAGGAAAGAAGAAGAAGAAGAAGAAGAAGAAGAAGAAGAAGAAGAAGAAGAAGAAGAAGAAGAAGAAGAAGAAGAAGAAGAAGAAGAAGAAGAAGAAGAAGAAGAAGAAGAAGAAGAAGAAGAAGAAGAAGAAGAAGAAGAGGUCUGGUCUCACAGCUCCCCUCUGCCUACGCUGUUAACUCUAACUCUCUUUCUUUUCCACCUUGACUUUUUGUUCUGUCUCGAGACAACCAACUUUCUUCUGUUUGCUGACUUUGCCAACAUUUUCUAA